AUCAGGUGUGUUUUCAUAGUGGAAAAAAUGGCUAAGAUGGCAUUUAAAAAUAAUCUACAUAAAGAAUGGAGAUCACCAUUUAAAACUAUAGGCGAAGAUCACCCAAGCAAUUUAAACCAGGUUCGAGAACUUGUUCUGGACAAUUGCAAAUCAAAUGAUGGGAAAAUUGAGGGCUUAACAGCUGAAUUUGUGAACUUAGAGUUCCUCAGUUUAAUAAAUGUAGGCUUGAUUUCAGUUUCAAAUCUCCCCAAACUACCUAAAUUGAAAAAGCUUGAGCUCAGUGACAAUAGAAUCUUUGGAGGUCUGGACAUGUUAGCAGAAAAACUUCCAAAUCUCACACAUCUAAACUUAAGUGGAAAUAAGCUGAAAGAUAUCAGCACCUUGGAACCUUUGAAAAAGUUGGAAUAUCUGAAAAGCCUGGAUCUGUUUAACUGUGAGGUUACUAACCUGAAUGACUACCGAGAGAGUGUCUUUAAACUCCUGCCUCAGUUGACCUACCUGGAUGGCUAUGACCGAGAGGAUCGGGAAGCGCCUGACUCAGAUGCCGAGGUGGAUGGUGUGGAUGAAGAAGAGGAGGAUGAAGAAGGAGAAGAUGAGGAGGACGAGGAGGAUGAGGAUGGUGAGGAGGAAGAGUUUGAUGAUGAAGACGAUGAAGAUGAAGACGAAGAUGUAGAAGGGGAAGAUGAUGAAGACGAAGUCAGUGGGGAGGAAGAAGAAUUUGGACACGAUGGAGAAGUUGAUGAAGAUGAAGACGAGGAGGAUGAAGAUGAAGAUGAAGAGGAGGAAGAAAGUGGGAAAGGUGAAAAGAGGAAGAGAGAAACAGACGAUGAAGGAGAAGAUGAUUAAGACCCCAAAUAACUUGCAAAAAAAGAACUGUUCAGUAUUGGUUGGACUGCUCAUACGGAUUUGGUAGCUGUUUAAAAAAAAAAAAGGUAGCUGUGAUACAAACCCCAGGAUACCCACCCACCCAAAGAGCCAAAGAAUAGUUCCUGUGACAUUCCACCUUCCUCCAUUUAGUCCCUCUUGGAAAUUCACCACCAAGCUUGGGGACUUCACCCCAACAAAAUUGUAAGCGUUUGUUAGGUUUUCGUGUAAGACUCUUGCUGUAGCGUGGAUAGCUGUGAUUGGUGAGUCAACCGUCUGUGGCUACCAGUUACACCGAGACUGUAACAGCAUUUUUACUUUCUGUACAACAA